AUGGCCUGGCGAAUGAUGCGUGUCUGGGUACUGAUCAGCGUGGCCCUCGUCUGCGCUGUCCCCUCUCUUCAGAUCGUUCUGCCGAGGAAGUAUGCCACCAACAGCAGUACCUCCUUUGGGCCCCUGAAGUUCACUGAGGAUGGCACCUUCCAGAUCUCCAUCUUUGAGGAUCUUCAUUUCGGCGAGAAUGCGUGGGACCAGUGGGGUCCACAGCAGGACAUCAACACGGUCAAGGUUAUGAACCAGGUCCUAGACGCAGAGUCGCCGGGGCUGGUCGUGUUCAACGGCGACCUGAUAACGGGCGAGAAUACCUUCCUGGCCAACAGCACCACGUACGUGGACCAGAUGGUCCGCCCCCUUGUUGAGCGUGGCUUGACGUGGGCGUCGACGUACGGCAACCACGACAGCGACUUUAACAUCUCGCGCGAGGGCAUACUAGCGCGGGAGCGCGCGUGGCCCAACUCCCGCACCAAGCAGAUGGUCUCCUCUCCGAAGGCCGGGGUGUCGAACUACUACCUACCCGUAUACGGCGCGAACUGCACGGGCUGCCGAUGCACGCCGGAGCUCCUGUUGUGGUUCUUCGACAGCCGCGGCGGCUUCCUGUUCCAGCAGCGGGACGCGAAGGGCAACCGCGUGGGGCAGGAGGACUGGGUGGACGUCAGCGUGGUGGAGUGGUUCGAGCAGACGAACGCGAAGCUUGUCGCGCGACACCAGAGGGUCAUCCCCUCAUUGGCGUUCGUCCACAUCCCCACCAACGCGUCGCUGACACUUCAGACACAAGCCGGGGUCGAUCCCAACCGCCAGCCCGGCAUCAACGACGAUUACAUGCUUGCGCAGCAGGGACAGGGCUGGUGCGCCGAUGGCAGGAACGACGGCUCCUGCGAGUACGGCGGCCAGGAUGUGCCGUUCAUGCAAGCGAUCACGACAGUCCCGGGAUUGAUGGCCGUGUUCUCGGGCCAUGAUCACGGUGACACCUGGUGCUACAAGUGGGAGGGCGUCUUGCCGGGGAUGACCGUCGCCGGCAACGGACUCAACCUCUGCUUCGGGCAGCACUCGGGAUACGGCGGAUACGGGACGUGGACCCGCGGGGCUCGGCAGGUCCUCGUGUCGCAGUCGAGGCUGAGGGAUCUGGAGGUCGACACCUGGAUCCGGCUGGAGACGGGGGAUAUCGUUGGCUCCGUGUCGCUGAACGCGACGUACGGCGAGGACUGGUAUCCUGCCACCCCGAAUACGCACACGUCGUGCCCUACAUGUAAUUACACCAUAAUCACCCCCGGGCCCGGUUCCCGGAAGAGCUGA